AAAUUUAAAUUAUCAAGCUUUAAUUGAAAUUUGUGUAUUUAAAUACAACUUAUCCUAUUGUGAUGGACGAAGAAAUUGUUACGGAAGAACAAUCCAAUACAAACAAAAUCCAAGAGGAAAGGAAACAAUCUGUUGCAAAAACGUCAUCUGAUGCAGAAAAACCUGCAGAAAUCACUCGGCAAUCAAAUAAUGAGAAACGACUAUCAGAUUCAAAGAAACCCCAAGAAGAAAAACGUCAGUCAGUAGAUGCUAAUAAACCAAGGGAAGCUACAAAAACCUCCGAUGCCAAGAUACCGGAAGAAGAAAAAAAUCCGUCAGUUACAAGAAAAAUUUCGGAUGAUAAACAAGGAGAGGAAAGAAAAAUAUCGGAAGCAAAGAAAGUAGAAGAAGAAAAACGGCCAUCAAUUACAAAGAGACCAUCCGAUGCUAAACCAGCAGAUGAAAAACGAACAUCUGAAGCAAAGAAGUUAGAAGAAAAAAGACCCUCUGAUGCUAAACCAGCAGACGAAAAACGAACAUCUGAAGCAAAGAAGUUAGAAGAAAAAAGACCCUCUGAUGCUAAACCAGCUGACGAAAAACGAAAAUCUGAAGCAAAGAAGUUAGAAGAAAAAAGACCCUCUGAUGCUAAACCAGCAGACGAAAAACGAACAUCUGAAGCAAAGAAAAUAGAAGAAAAAAGACCCUCUGAUGCUAAACCAGCAGACGAAAAACGAACAUCUGAAGCAAAGAACUUGGAAGAAAAAAGACCCUCUGAUGCUAAACCGGCAGACGAAAAACGAACAUCUGAAGCAAAGAAGUUAGAAGAAGAAAGGCCAUCAAUAGCAAAAAAACCGGAUGCACAUAUAGAAGAAAAAAGACCUUCUGAUACUAAAGACGGGGCUGAAAAGAGAUUAUCAGAAGCCAAACGGAUAUCGGACGCCAAGCCAGCUGACGAGACAAGAGAAUCUGAUGCAAAGAAAGAUGAAAAAAGGGUAUCUGAUCCCAAUAAAAGAAGAUCUAGGAAACAAUCUGAAGCCAAGAGAGAUAGUGAAAGAAAAUCCGGGGUGAUGGAAACUGAUAGAAGCGGGAGACAUAGUACCCGGUCCCAACUCGCAGUACAGAAGUCUUUUAGUCGGACCAAAGUUCGUCGACAAUCUUACGGAUUUGGAAGUGUACCUGGAAUAAAACCUUUAGAUAGAAUGUCACAGACCUUAGAGUACAAGCGUCCUCCACUGGUGUACCUGAACACGUACCAGCUAGAGCCUUACGUCAGGUUCAACACGCAGCUGGUGGAAGAUGCCGCUGCAGACCUCCUGGAGGAGCACUUUACGGGACAUGUUUACAAUGAAGCGCGUUCACCGCUCCUAGCGCUGCGCCUAGCGGGCGAGCUGAUGCGUCGCGUGAAGCAGCUGAUGUUCAACCGGUACCGGAUCAUCACCAGCAUCACCGUCGCCCAGAGACGAGCCCAGAGCUACAACAACGCCGUCGCUUUCCUCUGGGACAAAGACAGAGACAGCUACGUGGACCUGCAUAGAGAGAACUUCACUUGUUUCAUGCAGGUCACUGUUUUUGGAGUGUACUUCGAUUGAAUAAGCGUUGUUUGGUGUUAUUUUAUUGCUGUUUUAGCUUGCUGUUUGUAGUUGUUGUU